AUGGCGACGGAGCUGAAAUUGAACGGGAGUGAACUUCUGGAAGUUGACAUAUGCGACGGCGGGGUGGGCUCCGAGGACGAGAGCGGCGUUUACGUGAACUCCGCCGCCUCCCUCCAGGAUGACUUCUCCGGCUUCCAGCAGUGGACGAGCCCUGCCGAGUCACCGAGUGACACAUCAUCAUCUCCGGGACGACAGGAGGCUCCCGGCGGGCACGGAGCUCCGCCUGGCACCGCUGCUGCCACCCAAAGGACCGAGGCGGCCGCUGACAGCGACUCUGAGUCCCUGGGAGACGGGCUGAGGGCUCCGAGGACCUCCAUCGUGGACUGUCUGCUGGUGGAGCUCUACGAGACGUACAGCGGAGGCAGCAGGAGGCAUGCGGACAGCUGGGACAGCUCCACGGAGGCAUCCGGCUCUGAUGCCUUCCUGGGCCGCAGCAACUCCGGGUCCAGCUUCCUCCAGGAGCUCCAGGAGAAGCACACCAGGAGGCACCAGAUGAACUACCUGGCCCAGAAAGCCCCGGAGGAGCUGUGUUCAAUCAUCCAGGAGGUGAAAUAUCGCUCCGGCCUGCAGUCAGCCAAACUCAUCCGCCAGCUGAAGAGACGAGACCACCUUUGCCACAAACUGCAGAAGAACUACGACAUUAUCACAGCGUGUCUUCAGGCCGUCUCACAAAAACGACUGAUUGUUCCGUGGAUUAAGGAGAACCAGGAGUCCUCCUCCUCCUCCUCCUCUCCUCUCCCCACCAUUACCUCAUCCCUCCCCGUCCUACCGCAUCCCUCCGUCCUCGCGCCUCCUCCCGGUGACGCCACACCGGAGGAGGAUGAGGAGCUCCAGCAUCAGCAGCACCGACAUCCUCCGGCUGCAGGAGCCGCCGCUUCCUCUUCCUCCUCCUCCUCCUCCUCCUCCUCCUCCCGCGACCCGCCGCUAUUUCGGACGUUUCUAAUAAUAUUUUACGCAGAGGGAACAUGGCUUCCUCCGCCUCGCUGCUCCACACCGGACGGUAACGGGGAAAUCUACCGGGACAAGCCAGCAACGAGGCACCGCUGGAAGCAUCACUUUGAUCGAUUAUUGUUGAACACCUUGGAGGAGCGCUUUGGAGCAGCAGCUGAUCGUCCGCAUUCAAAGGAAGGAUUUUACCCGCGGAGCCGAGCGAUGAGGUGA